CUGGCGCUCGCGCAAGCUCGCGGUCGCUCCGGGGCGCGCGCUGGCGGUCCUCGGCCGCUCCGGGCACCUGAGGGACGCGCGGCCGCCCCGGGCCGGCGUUGCAGCCAUCCCUGGAGCCGGGCGCGAGGUCUGAGACAGAUACUAAUAUUGCUGUGUGGAGAAGUGAAUGUUUCUCUUUUCCUACAGAUAUUUCGGUCAAAGGAAGAAAUAGCUCUUCUCCUAAGAUGGAAUCUGUUGUUUGGGAAUGUGGUUGAUCAACUUGAUGUGUUGGCCAGAUGUGCCCUAUGUAAUAAAAUGAAAAGAAGAAACAAGAUGAUGUCAUUUUCCCGUAUUGUGAAACCAAGAACAGAUGCCUUUUGUGAGACCAAGCUAACGAACCUCUGACAGUGCAGAGUAUUUAUCCGAAGAACUUAAUAGUAAGAUAUAGAAGAAGUACUUCCAAGCCAAGACCUGCAGGUGUGUAAAGAUCUAAAAUCCAAAUAUUGAGUAGGCCCUCAUCAUCCGAAUCUCACUCAGAUCCAGGAAGGAUGGCUAUGAGUUGGAUCAUCUUCUAUCUUUGGCUCUUGACUGUGUUUGUGGGGCAUAUAGGUGGGCACAGUUUGUUUUCUUGUGAACCUAUUACCUUGAGGAUGUGCCAAGAUUUGCCUUAUAAUACUACCUUCAUGCCUAAUCUUCUGAAUCAUUAUGACCAACAGACAGCAGCUUUAGCAAUGGAGCCAUUCCACCCUAUGGUGAAUCUGGAUUGUUCUCGAGAUUUCCGGCCAUUUCUCUGUGCACUCUAUGCUCCGAUUUGUAUGGAGUAUGGACGUGUCACACUUCCCUGUCGUAGGCUGUGUCAGCGGGCUUACAGCGAGUGUUCAAAGCUCAUGGAGAUGUUUGGUGUUCCUUGGCCUGAAGAUAUGGAAUGCAGUAGGUUCCCAGAUUGUGAUGAGCCGUAUCCUCGACUUGUGGAUCUGAACUUAGCCGGAGAUCCGACUGAAGGAGCCCCGGUGGCAGUACAGAGGGACUAUGGUUUUUGGUGUCCCCGAGAGUUGAAAAUAGAUCCUGAUCUUGGUUAUUCCUUUUUGCACGUGCGUGAUUGUUCACCUCCUUGCCCAAAUAUGUACUUCAGGAGAGAAGAACUGUCAUUUGCUCGCUAUUUCAUAGGAUUGAUUUCAAUCAUUUGCCUCUCUGCCACGUUGUUUACUUUUUUAACUUUUUUGAUUGAUGUCACAAGAUUCCGUUAUCCUGAGAGGCCUAUUAUAUUUUAUGCAGUCUGCUACAUGAUGGUAUCAUUAAUUUUCUUCAUUGGGUUUUUGCUUGAGGAUCGAGUAGCCUGCAAUGCAUCUAGCCCUGCACAGUAUAAGGCUUCCACAGUGACACAAGGAUCUCAUAAUAAAGCCUGCACCAUGCUUUUUAUGGUACUGUAUUUUUUUACUAUGGCUGGCAGUGUAUGGUGGGUAAUUCUUACCAUCACAUGGUUCUUAGCGGCCGUGCCAAAGUGGGGUAGUGAAGCUAUUGAGAAGAAAGCAUUGCUUUUUCACGCCAGUGCAUGGGGCAUCCCCGGAACUCUAACUAUCAUCCUUUUGGCGAUGAAUAAAAUUGAAGGUGACAAUAUUAGUGGCGUGUGUUUUGUUGGGCUCUACGAUGUUGAUGCAUUGAGAUAUUUUGUUCUUGCUCCCCUCUGCCUGUAUGUGGUAGUUGGGGUUUCUCUCCUCUUAGCUGGCAUUAUAUCACUAAACAGAGUUCGAAUUGAGAUUCCAUUAGAAAAGGAGAACCAAGAUAAAUUAGUGAAGUUUAUGAUCCGGAUUGGUGUUUUCAGCAUUCUUUAUCUCGUACCACUCUUGGUUGUAAUUGGAUGCUACUUCUAUGAGCAAGCUUACCGCGGCAUCUGGGAAACAACAUGGAUACAAGAGCGCUGCAGAGAGUAUCACAUUCCAUGCCCGUAUCAGGUUACUCAAAUGAGUCGUCCAGACCUGAUUCUCUUUCUGAUGAAAUACCUGAUGGCUCUCAUUGUUGGUAUUCCUUCCAUUUUUUGGGUUGGAAGCAAAAAGACAUGCUUUGAAUGGGCUAGUUUUUUUCAUGGUCGUAGGAAGAAAGAAAUAGUAAAUGAGAGCCGACAAGUACUCCAGGAGCCAGAUUUUGCUCAGUCUCUUCUGAGGGAUCCAAACACUCCUAUUAUAAGAAAAUCAAGAGGGACUUCCACUCAAGGGACAUCCACACAUGCUUCCUCAACUCAGCUGGCCAUGGUGGAUGAUCAGAGAAGCAAAGCCGGGAGUGUUCACAGCAAAGUGAGCAGCCACCACGGCAGCCUCCACAGAUCACGCGAUGGCAGGUACACACCCUGCAGUUACAGAGGAAUGGAGGAGAGACUACCUCAUGGCAGUAUGUCACGACUCACGGAUCACUCCAGGCAUAGUAGUUCUCAUCGCCUCAACGAGCAGUCACGACAUAGUAGCAUCAGAGAUCUCAGUAGCAAUCCCAUGACUCACAUCACACAUGGCACCAGCAUGAAUCGUGUUAUUGAAGAAGAUGGAACCAGUGCUUAAUUUGUCUUGUCUAAGGUGGAAAAAUUGUGCUGUUUAAAAAGAUUUUAUCCUUUGCCUUUGCAUGACUGAGAGCUGUGACUUGCCGUUACGCUUUCAGUCAGAUACAGAUUGUGUCCAUUAGAAAGGUAAAUUUUUGCUAUUUAUAUUGCUUUAAAUUUGGAACAUUAAGGCAUCCAAAACACUUAGAAUUAUAUCCUCACAAAAGUAAUUCUUCUUGCUAGGUUAUAAAGAGAUAAUUAUUUGUCUGGUAAGCAUUUUUAUAAACCCACUUAUUUUAUAUUUAGAAAAGUCCUUAAUGUGUGGUGACUGCUUUGUAGUGAACUUUCAUAUAAUAUGAACUAGUUGUGAGAUAUCAUUCUGGUAGCUCAGUUAAUAAAACAAUUUCAGACUUAAAUUUUCUAUGCAAGGUGUAUUUCUCAGAUGAAUAUUAGGACUUUGUAGUUUUAUUUCCACUAAAUAAAAAAAAGACCUGUGUUUUUAAACUGUAGGAGAAUUUGAUAAAUCAGCAAGGGUAUUUUAGCUAGUAGAAUAUAAGUGCAACAGAAGAAUCAGGUUAUUCUAUAGAAGGUUCUCAAAAUUGUAUCAAAAUAAUAUUCAGGAUUUGGAUUGGCAAUGGAAUAAAAGCAGAAAUGGGCAUUUUUCCCCUAUAAUUGUAAUGUUUUUAUAACUUUUGUAAAUAUUACUUUUACUGGCUGUGUUUUUGUAACUUAUCCAUAUGCAUGAUGGAAACAUUUAAUUUGUAGCCAUCUUUUCCCUUGUAGUAGUAUUGAUUCAUAGAGAACUUUAUAUUCAGAUUUGCUCCAUAGAGGCAUGUAAUAAGUAUCACACAUUAUAAGGUUUUUUGUGGUAACCACAAUUACAAAAUGGCAAAAUAUUUUCUCUGUAUUCAUUGUUGUAUUUUUCUACAGUGAGAUACGAUCUUGCCAAAGCCACCAGACCUUGGUAUCCAGGCCCCUCCUAUAGUGAGUUGAUUGUCUGCACUUGUAUUGCCCAGUAGCCAAGUAAGCUACAGCUUUUACUCUACAACCUUAUUUCAGAUUUUGGAUCAUUCUUGUUUACAGCUGAAAUAUAUAUAUAACCUAAGUCAAAAGUGGUGAUUAAUUUGGAUAUCUGAAAACCAUUGUGGCUAAAUGAAGCAUGAUUAGUCUUAACUAUGAGUAUCUUUUAAUCUUAAAAAUAUCAAGUAAAAUACGUUUGACAUUUUAUCUUGUAAUGUUCAAAUACUUUACAAUAUAGACUGUGAACCUUGUUAGGCAUGAAAUUGAUCAAAGCGGGUGGCGCCUGUGGCUCAAGGAGUAGGGUGCUGGUCCCAUAUGCCGGAGGUGGCGGGUUCAAACCCAGCCCUGGCCAAAAAAAAAAAAAGAAAUUGAUCAAAGGGGAAAGAAGAAUUCUGAUAAAUGCUUGAUAUGUUAUGUAGAAAAAGCCCAUUUUAAAAAGUGGUCCUCAGCCCUGACCGCAGGUAAGAAUCAACUUGGGAAGCUUCUGAUGCCCAACGCCUUCCUCUUACUCAGGUGAGAACUGGUAGUUUCUUUUCGAAGCCUUCCUGUUGAUGCUAAUCUGUAGCCUGGCUUGAAAUCCAUUGCUUUAAAUCACCAGAACAUCUAGCUGGAUCCAAUGUUACAUUUUUAUAUCAUUGCCUAGCGUUCAGUUGUUCUCCAUGUUAUCAUUCAUUAUAAAAUAUAGAAUUUGGGGCUCCACUCUUUUUCAAUAAGUCAAAGGUAGUAGGACUUUAAAGUCUAUAGUUAGAAAAAUACCACAGGUGAUUCUAAUGUAAGCAAUUGAAGAGUUACACUUUUGAAAAAUGGUUCCAUAGCCGGGCGUUGUGGCGGGCACCUGUAGUCCCAGCUACUUGGGAGGCUGAGACAAAAGAAUCGCUUAAGCCCAGGAGUUGGAGGUUGCUGUGAGCUGUGUGAGGCCACGGCACUCUACCGAGGGCCAUAAAGUGAGACUCUGUCUCUACAAAAAAAAAAAAAAAAAUCGUUCCAGAGUCU